CUGCUGCUCCGUCCAGCAGAUUGAUCCUUAUUACCCUCGUCUGCUUCUAUCGCGCACCCCUGUCCGGUAGUCUGGUCCACUCUGUCCGAUGUGGCUCUUCCGGGUCCUUUCGUCGGCCGUCUUUCUGGCCGUCACCGUCUCUUCAAUCCCCCUCGCCUUUGACGUGGGUGGGAAAACAUGCGGUCUGGCCUAUUCCCUGUCCUUAGCCACCUUCUAUUUUCUAUUUUCGCUGCUGCGGCUCACCACGCCGGAUCGGUCAUGGCUCCGUUCCUCCCUGAUCGUCCUCAUUAGCUCGACGCAGUGGCUCAUCAUCCCGAUUCUGCUUAUCUGGUCUUUGAACCGCUUCUCCAUCGAUACCGACAACGCUGGUUCCUGGGUGGAACGAACCUUCACGGGGAGAAGGGCCCACGACUCGUCGAUCCAGGAGUGGCUCUUUGGGCCCGACGGGCUGGUAGAAUCCGUAACGAUCGGGAAUUGGGAUAAGCUGCUGAGAUGGUCGACCCCAGUUUUCCAGCUGGUUGAAGGAUUCUGCAGCUUAUUGGUCAUACAGGCUGCAGGGCAAAUUACCCGGUGGCUUGUCAACCGUGGUGGGCGAAGCGAUAGCUGGAUGAUCGGCCUUCUGGUACUAUCGGCCUCCAUCAUAUCGAGCUCCGUUUACUUUCUUUGGCGGGUCCUCCAGUUCCCCGAGAUCUCUAAUGUCGACGCUGCUUUGAUUGGGGUGUCCAUCACAUGUGCGGUGAUUCUAUGCGCGUGGGGAAUCGGGAGCGGGCGUGGGAAUCCAGUGGAGAGUUCUCUGCUGUUCGCAUACAUCGUUCUAUGCAUCUAUCAGAUUUUCACCGACUACCAACCGUCACAUCCUAUGGAGCAAGUUCCUUCUCCCGCCCAAGCGGGGGAUUUCCCACCGCUUCCUCCAAUAAUCAUGGCUUCGUACACGACCCUGAUGCAUGCCUUGUCUACUUUGCCUUCCAUCAUCCACGCGGCCUUCAAUGUGAUCACCGCGGUUUUCGGCGCUGUCACUCCUUCCGUCCUGAUCUCGCUCACAUACCGCAUUAUCGUUUUAUACGCGUCGACUCGGAUCAUACCCGCCGUCCGCGAAUCGGGCGCACGUGCUCUCUCCCAAGAAGCAUCGUUAGAUGAUUCUGAUGCGGCUGGCCAGUUCCUGGGCGUACUCAGCUACUUCUCCCCGUCGAUACUCAUCGCUGUCUACACCAGUCUCUUGAUGCAGCAUUUUGCCUCUACCUCCCAAGCGAUGGGCGGCAGUGGCGAGUGGUGGAGUACUCAGGGAGCCGGCGGCGGGAACCUGUGGCGGUGGGCCAACCUGGCCGGCACGAUGGCCCUGUAUGCUGUCGAGUUAUACCUUGGUGAGAACGACGACCUGGACUCCGGGCUAGCUGGUCAUUGGAAGACCGACUGAGCGUCAUCAAACAUGCGGGUGCCAUUUCUGGCAUCUCAUCGAUUUGGACUGUCUUCAUCGGGUACGGUUGGCUUUUCACCAUUUACCACUUUGAAGCCAGACCAAAGUCUAGAACGGUUCUUAAUGGCGCGUACCGCGGGCAUGGACGUCUAUUGAAACCUAUGACGCAGGUCAAUGUUACCGCUGAGCAUUUUGACUCGUUCAGCUAGACGGUGACGGGCAGAUAGUGCAUGCUUUUCGAACGAUUCUAGGGAAAG